AUGUUAAUCAAAAAAACAAGUUCUAAAACUCUGAAAAGGUAUGGAGUAAGUACAGUUUGUCUAUCGAUUAUUUUUUUAUGGAUACUAGGUUGGACCGAUUACAUUUUCGAGAAAUCUUUCUCAAAAUUCGAUUGGCCGCCAUAUAUAAAUGUUCGGGAGCAGGUACUACUGGAGUUAACUGGUCAAGCAGCAUCUUAUCUAUAUGAGAAUGACUGGGCUUACUUCGAACCAUUUCAUAUUCCGACAUGCGAGAUCAACAUGGAAAUGAAUAAAUUUUUAUUAAUUAUUGUGAAAUCUUCACCGUUACAUUUUGUAAAACGGCAAGCAAUACGUGUCACAUGGGGUUCAGUGUUCAAUCAUUCUGAUUUCACGGUGAAAACAAUAUUUGUGAUUGGCCGAGAACCUUUUAAUCAGGAAAAUAAACGACUGCAAAAAGAAAUUGAUUUAUAUAAUGAUAUACUGAUUGGUGAUUACAUUGACAGUUAUCGAAAUAAUACAUUGAAGUUUUUAUCAGCAGUGCAGUUUUCAUUCAGUUAUUGUCAUCAUAAUUAUACUGUUCCCUAUGCAUUUUUUGUUGAUGAUGAUUAUUUGGUCUUGGUGCAAAACCUAGUAGCAGAAGUGAAAAAAUAUAAUGUAUAUGAUCGGCUGUAUAUGGGUUGGAGAUUUGAUACGCGACCAUUUAGGACCAGAUUUCAUAAACAUCGGGUAUCAAUUGCAACAUAUCCCUUCAACCGUUAUCCACCCUAUAUAUCUGCCGGCGCAGUAUUGCUAUCAUUACAAACCAUUCGCGAAAUGUAUUAUGCGAUACAACAUACGAAACUUUAUUCGUAUGACGAUAUCUAUGCUGGUAUAUUGGCGAAAUCAUUGAAGCUGACCGUCAAGCAUAAUAAAAAUAUGCGCUUCUGGAAAGCAAAAAUUGGCAUGAAAGAAGCAAAAACCCUAAUUUGUGCUCAUGGAUUUGAAGGGAAACGCCUGAAUUUAAUUUACAACAAAUUGAGAGCUGAAGGAGUUCUUUAG